AUGGGGAGAGGAUCGGUUGCAUUGUUAUUCCUUUUCCUCUUCUUUCUCUGCUUCCCCUUCACAUCAGAUUCCCAGAAAGUCAAUCCAUCGACGAGCUUACUCAACCAAGAACAAGCCCAUGCAGAAGUUACAAUCAAAGACAUAACAGGAGAAGAAGAUGACAAGAGCAUCGACAUCUGCCGCGCAGGGAAAGGAAGUCAUGGAGUUACAGGUGGAAAAGGCGGAGGCCGAAAAGCAACUCCAAGAAAGGGUAAUGCCACCAUGGACCAUCGGCCACCGUUGGUCUUCUCGGCUGCCUCUGUUCUAUUUACUGGUUUAAUAAUGUUUUCAUUAACUUCUUUCGGCAUGUCAAUAAGAUUCUGUUGUGCCUAAACAAAUUCAUUAACCUGAGAGUGAAACAUAUGUACUGAAUAUUGUAAACUUUGAAAUCUAUUGAAACUGAAAUGGAGUAA